GAGAAAUGGUUUAAAGUUCAAAGCUUUUGACAGAGUCAAGGAGUCAAGGAGUUCUAGUCCGAGUCAAUGCAGAAAAUGAGUAGGAUACUUCCUCACCUCCUCGGGCUCUUCGGCCGUGUAGUAAGUAUGAAGGGAUUUCCCAAAUGCACAGACCUCGACCUGCUUUUACAAGUCUCCCCUUCUCCAGUUCCCGAGUCUACUGCCGUGUUAAACUGAGAAACUCCAUAUUAUAUUGUGAAGCCAGCAGGAGCAAUAAGAAUAAUUAUCCGAACACGUUUGUUUGUUUUAUCGAUCCAUAGAGUGAUAGGUUGUUGCUGGUGAAUUGGGAGUUUAAUUGGGAUAUGGCUUCUGUCUCCCUCUUUGUUUUCUUUCUUGUCUCAUACCUCGGGUUGCUUCUGUCGGCCGGACAAGAAGAAUCAUACACCAAGAACUGUCGUCCCCUUCAUUGUGGAGAUCUGGACAGCAUCGGAUUCAUCAAUAAUAUCACACACCGAAACUGUGGUAUUGGCAUCGUAACUUGUAGCAAUGAAACUGAGAGGAUCCAACUGGUGAUUGGUGAAAGACAGUACGAACUUACAAGGAUUAGGAUUAGAAUUGAUCCUCAGCGUAAAGUUUAUUUCCUGCGUAUGCGGGGCCAGAAGGUUUCGGGGAACUUUUCGUCCGAUAGAUGCGAAUUCCAAAUGACCAUACACCCCGGAUCUUCAUCCAUCCCCUUUCAAUUCAAUUCACCCCAGAUGACCCUGUUCAAAUGCGACGCUGUCCAGCAGCAUCUUGGCUCGAUGAAAUUUAACUGCGGAGACUAUUAUUUCUACGAUCGUCAAACAACCUAUGGCAUUCCUUCUGGAUGUUCCAUUAUUCAGCUCCCAAUAAAGCCGCCGCCAAGUGACCGUGAAUGGUAUCCACCAAUCGUAACCGCUGAGUUCGAACUUCAAGUGAAUGUGAAUGUGUCUGAUGAUUGUUUCCAGUGCGAUGAGAAAGAAGGACAAUGCCAGAUCGAAAGAAACAUAGAUUGUCCAAAGAAAGGGAAGAAGAGUAAAGUGUUGGCGAUAGCCUUGGCGACUUUAUCUGUUGCCAUUGGAGUUCUGAUAGUCAUUGGCCUCAGCUUCAGGCGAAAGUUUAGAUCCAUUUUGAAGAAUGAAAGUCUAACACAUCAGAAUGUCGAAACCUUUCUAAGGAAUAAUGGACCCUUUGGUAUAAGAAGAUACAGUUACUCAGAUAUAAAGAAAAUGACCAACUUCCUCAAAGAUAAAUUAGGCCAAGGAGGUUAUGGUAGCGUCUACAAGGGGAAGUUACAAGAUGGGUCUUUGGUAGCAGUAAAAGUUUUGAAAGCCUCAAUAGGAAAUGGAGAGGAAUUCAUAAACGAGGUUGCCAGCAUUAGUAGGACCUCACAUGUCAACAUUGUUACCCUUAGGGGCUUUUGUUUUGAGGGUUCCAAAAGAGCUCUUGUUUAUGAAUUUAUGCCUAAUGGAUCUCUAGAGAAGUUCAUAUAUAAAAAAGAUUCACCAUCUGAUCAUCAAUUGCAGUGGGAAACAUUGUAUAAGAUUGCAGUUGGCAUAGCUCGAGGAUUAGAGUACUUGCAUAGAGGUUGUAACAAUCGAAUCUUGCAUUUUGACAUAAAGCCUCACAACAUUCUUUUAGAUGAGAACUUUUGUCCAAAGAUCUCGGAUUUUGGCCUUGCAAAAGUAUGCCCUAGAGAACAAAGUAUCAUAUCAAUGUUGGGUGCAAGAGGAACUGCAGGAUAUAUAGCUCCAGAAGUAUUUUGUAGAAAUUUCGGAAGGGUCUCUCACAAAUCAGAUGUUUACAGCUAUGGAAUGAUGGUUUUGGAAAUGGUUGGAGGUAGAAAGAAUAUAGACGCUGAGGUUGAUCGUACCAGUGAAAUAUUCUUUCCACAUUGGGUUUACAGGCGCCUUGAACUCGAUGAAGAACUAACAUUGCAUGGUCUCAGGACUGAAGAGGAUCGACAAAAUGCAAAGAAGAUGACAAUAGUGAGCUUGUGGUGCAUACAGGCUGACCCAUCAAACCGGCCAACAAUGAGUAGAGUUGUCGAAAUGUUGGAAAUGAGCCAUAACUUCUUGCAAAUCCCUCCUAAGCCUUUCUUGUCUUCCCCCUCAAGAUCAGAAGCUGAUUCUUCGACUAUAGUGGUUCUAUCUCAUUCUAGUUCUAUAGUGCCCUAAAAAGAAUCUUUUUCUUGAAUACAAAAUCUUAAUUCUUGAAAGCAAUGGUGUAUGUUUUUUAGUUUUAUCAAAUAUUAGCUUGUUGAUGCACCUUUAGUUGAA